GGGAAGUCGGUCUCCAGAGGGUUCCGCGCCAUGAAGAAUUUGAUCUUUGUCUGUGUUCUUUUAGUUUUGUGCCUCAUGAUGUCUGCACUUGUGUCGUCGCGAGGAGCAGCAAGUUUAGACCCCGACAACAUACUACCUACUUCAUCACAGAUAUCCAGGCAAAGUCUGCUCUCGGUGGACAAGUUUCGCUAUCUCGAUGUACCUGAGCUUGACGAAAUUAUGGUAUACGACGACUUUGAAUGCACAUUUAGAUGCCUUCACCAUCCUCUGUGUGUUUCCGUGAACUUGGCUGCUGAAGGUGAUUUGUGGUGUGAGUUACUGUCGUCUGAUAAGUACAGCAACCCCAAUGAAUACAAAGAAAAAAAGAGUUCGCAUCACUAUUUCUUUGAGAGUGCUUGUGCAAAAAAACCCUGCAAGAACAACUCCACUUGUCUAAACGGUUUUACUGACAAAAGAGAUAGGUGUUUAUGUUCCGCUGGAUUCAAGGGUCGGACUUGCGAUGAAGCUUCGACGUGUAAGGAAAUUUUCGACCGGAAUGUAUCGCAACGAAGCCAAGUAUACCCGCUGAUGUUUGGUUCACAAACGAUUCCUGUUUUCUGUCACAUGGGAAAUUUUGGAUGUGGGGAUGGAGGAUGGACGCUGGCCAUGAAGAUUGCCGGCACGCAGAGAACUUUCCAUUACGAUUCCCAAUUCUGGAGCAACAGAGAUGCUUAUAACUUUGCUGGAGGCAAGACUGGCUUUGAUUCCCAAGAGACUAAGUUACCAACCUACUGGAACACAUCCUUCUCCAAGAUCUGCCUUGGUAUGAAGAUUAAUCAUCAGCUCAGGUUCAUUGUCAUCAACAGGCACGCCAACUCACUGUUCUCACUGAUCGCUGAUGGGAAAUACCGUGCCACCUCACUGGGUCGUAACACGUGGAAGUCGCUGAUUGGUUCACAGGCCUCCUUGCAGCUCAACUGCAAUAAGGAAGGAUUCAAUGCGGUGGGAGACAGCCCUAGUCAUUCCAAAGCAAGAAUCGGCAUCACGGCUAACGACCAGAAUGACUGUGGUUCCUGUGACUCUCGCAUCGGUUUUGGCACAGGAGGUCGACUUGAUGAUUCCAACACGUGCGGAAAUCAGGCAAGGUGGAAUUCAGAUAAUGGAACCAAGCACAUCAAAGCCAUGGGGUACAUCCUAGUACAGUGA